AUGAAAUAUUUCAUUUUGACUUUAUUUGUUUUGAAUGCAUUUAGCUUCUCCUUGAACGAUGAUUGGGAUGGUAUGGAAGAAGUGAUCAAAGUGUAACAAGAUGCAAUUUUGGUAUAGAGAAUAAUUAAAUAGGAUCUAGUAGACUAAUUAGACGUAUAUUCAGAAACACCGAUCACUGAAUAAAUAGAGAAUCAAGUACAACAACUCAUGAAUCCACCACUCGAAGCAGAUCAGACUAAAUAAUCAGAUGAAUAGAGUGAAGUUCACUCUCUGGAAUACUGGUUGGAGAGAUUGGGAGAUGAAUAUUCAGAUGAAACCAUAUUAUUGUAGUAAUCCUAGACAAUCACAGAAUAAGUCACAACAGUCUUAGAUGAUCUGAUUCUCAAAGUAGAGGAGGAUCAACAAAUGGAUCAACAAACUGAAACUGAUUCCACCUUGAUUAUAGAUGGCAUUAGAUAAUUUUAACAAGAUUAGAAUAAUCAGUAGCCAUAGACUAUAUAAUUGUAGAGUCAAGAUGAUGAAUAAAAAUUAAUUGAUCUCAAUUAAAUCUAAGAUCAAUUCGAUGAGAUUGAUUCAACAAAUACAGAAGUUAGUGUCUAGUAACAAUUAAAUUAGAGUUCUGAAGACACCCUUUAAGUUUAAAUUGAUUCCACUAAUGAAGACACUUAUAAUCAAUCUGCAUCGGAAUUCUCACCCAUUGAGGAUACUCUUAAUCAAGUAUAGGAUAAUAAUAACAGGGUGUUCACAUUUUUGAAUCAUGUUCAAGAAGACUCUUAUAUUUAAUCAUAAUAGAAGAUCAAAGAUACUUACAAUUUCAAAGAGUAUUCUUUCAAUAAGGAAGUUGAAGAUCAACGUUCCAUAUACAAAGAGAAUGAUGACUCCACAGUGGAAGUAGUAGAAAGAGAGGAGGAAAAGGAAAUUACUAAUAAUCCACAUGAAGAUGUAGAAUUAAAUAAAGCCAAACAGUCAACCUUAAAUAGCUAAUCAGAGGAAAUCUCAGGUCUUAAAAAGUACUUAUUGUACACAGAUUAACCAGAAGUAAUUUCCACUGGAACUACUGAAAAAGAAAUUGAAGAUGAUAGAAGAUUGAUUACAGCUUUUAGAUCUAUGAACAGAGAUGAAUAUUGGGAAAAGACAAACAAAAAAUAAAAAAUAAAUUCAGAUGUUAGAGAUGAAUUAUUAAAACUUUCUAAUGUUUCUGAGGACUUAAAAUAGAAGGAACCUCAAUUUUAGGAGAUUACUGAAAACAAAGUAGAAAAUCCUCAUAAAUUUAUUUCAUUUAAGGCUGAUCCUAGAGUUGAAUAUGCUGAGAAUACUUAAAAGGGAGAAACAGUUAAAUCUAAAUAUGACGAAUUACCAGAAACCAAAUUGUAAUCUAAGGAGGAGAUGAAGAGGGACAAAGAAUAAAAAAUUUGUAUAAAUAAUAAUUGA